AUGGGGCCCCGGGCAAUAGGGGAACAUGGGCCCCCUGUGUCCUUGCCCAUACCCAAAAAAGCCUAUGAAAAAGCCAAUGAAAGGUUUUGUGUGCUUUCAGAAAGUGCACCGCACCUGCAAGAUAUAAUAGAAGUCUAUGGCAAAGCGCAGAUAACCCGCAGGAAAUCUGCAGGUGCACUGGAGGCAGGGGCGGACUGACAACUCAUGGGGCCCCCGGGCAAUAGGGGAUCAUGGGGCCCCUGUGUCCUUGCCCACACUCAAAAAAGCCUAUAAAAAAGGUACCAGGGGCAUUUCAUGGGGCCCCCUACUGACCCCGGGCCCUUGGGCAGUGCCCGAGUGCUUGAAUGGUCAGUCCGCCCCUGAC